AUGCGCGAACCGCGAUGCGGACUCCCAGACCUUUCGGAUCAAACGGAUCGAAGCAGAAACAAUAUCUGGCCGAAGAAACAUCUCACGUGGAAUUUUCGUCUCGCCGACGAAGAAACUAUGAUAGUAACGCAGGCCGCGUUCAAUCUGUGGGCUGGAAAUUCAUCAAUAUCUUUUAAACGCGUAUCUCAGAAUCCCAACAGACUGUUAUCGUAUCGCGAGGGCCUUCACAUGAAUAUCGACAAGAGAAGUACUAAUAUGUGCCCGAGUCCUUUAGACGGCCCCGGUGGUGUACUCGCUCCCGCAUCCUUUUCCAACGGAGAUAAAGAUUGCGUCACGGAGGUGCACGUAGAUAGAACGGAAUCGUGGCAUGUUCAUAUUAGUAGAAAUCCUCCACGCAUGCACAACCUGUUAUACGUGAUCGCGCAUGAAAUCGGCCACACAUUAGGUUUGCAUCACAGCGAAAACCAGGAUUCGAUUAUGUUUGCCAUGGCACCCGUGAAAUAA